AUGGAGUAUCUGGUGCACUUCGUGCUGACCCACCAAGAGUUCCGGUUCCCUGAGCUUCUUUCUGUGUGUGAAUGUCUGGAUAUCGAGAUUGAGCUUCCGAAAGAGAGGGACACCAAACGUCCUUUAAUGGUAGUUAGGCUCAAUGACGAUGAAACGGCACAUCGGUUGGCCUCUCGCUGCAUCUUGAUCAAAGCCAUAUAUCAAUUGUGGGCACAUGGGCACAACUACGAAGAGCUGCAUGCGAUAAAUCGAACAAAGUGCGAUGUUUGGUCAGCGUACAAGAAGGUGUCGUUUAAAUUCAACGUUACCUCGGUGAACCAACGAAUACCCCCGGGGCGGAUAAAAGAGACUAUCGAUUCCUUUUCAUAUAUGGGAUUUGAGGGUUGUAUUGAUAUGAAGAACCCUCGAUUAACCCUCGUCUGCCUUGAAGACUAUGAAGAACAAAAAGUCACUCAGAGACACCGUCAUGAUAAUGAUGCCAAGUUUCUUCAGGUGUUCUUUGGCAGGCUCGUCAGUGAAGGUGAAAGUAGACCUCUCAUAAGGAAGUUUGACGUCAAGAAACGCGCAUUCUUUGGGAACACGACUAUGGAGGCUGAAAUAAGUUUGCUUAUGGCCAAUCAAGCUCAGGCCACUCCGGGGAAGAUGAUCUAUGAUCCAUUUGUUGGAACUGGGAGCAUGCUUUAUACAGCAGCUCAGUUUGGGGCUUACGUUCUUGGUUCGGACCUGGAUGGCCGACAGAUGCGAGGAAAAGGCAUGGAAUCGGUACCUGGUAUAUACAGAGCCGCCGAUCAGUACGGAUUAAGUUCCCGUGUGUUUGACUUGGCCACAUUUGAUGUGACAAAAAACCCUUGGCGGUGCGGCAAUAUCUUUGACGCGAUUGUGACAGAUCCUCCAUAUGGAGUCCGGGCUGGCGCAAAGCGACUUGGCAGAAAGGACGAGACGCGCACACCCGGCGAUUCAUCUACCGUUCCGGGGGAUGGCCAAGCCAACCUCAGGCUCCAUCCUCCGAUGAAACCUUAUGAACUUUCUGAUCUUACGGUAGAUCUCAUUUACUUGGCACGUUAUUUGCUGAAACCGGGCGGGCGGCUUGUUUUUUUCUUGCCAACCGUCAAUGAUGAGUAUGACGAGCUAGACAUCCCUGAAUGCAAGGGGAUGGAAUUAGUGUCAAAUUCUCUUCAGGACUUCGGGAAGUGGGGGCGAAGGUUAAUCACUAUGGUUAAGAUUACGACUAACGACAUCGGUGCCCCUCGUUUUGAGGGAGCAAGGACCAUAGAGUAUGCAGCUCCGCCUGCACAUCACAAUUUCCGGGUGAAAUACUUUGAAGGAUUUCAAACACGAGAUCGAAUCCACUGA